GAAUUGAAGUCGGACAGUUCCAUAGGCUGAACUAAUUGUGAUAUUUUCUCGCCAACUGAAUCAUAUUUGCUAUGCUAUUUGUCUUCUCAAAGGCGUGAGAGAAUAUCGUGGUUGUACAAGUCCAGUUCUCCAAUUUCACAAUCACAACGCAAAGCCUGUUCAUGAUGAACUGAGUCUCAAAGAAUUAUGAACAGAACACCGUAUCGCCAUGAUUUCGUAGUGCCUUUUUCCCUACUUAAGUCGUCGCCAUCCCCCAAGUGCCUCUACUGUCUACGCAAUAGCAAGUCCUCAAUCAACAGCCCUUGAUACGCACCAUUGAAAGUAAAUACAAGCCUCAAAAUCACAAAAACCAACAUCCUGAUCUGUGCUUCGUCUUCCACCAUGUCUCGUACGAUUGGUCUAAUUGACGACCCUUUUUUCUUCGACCUCGAAGCGGCCAUCAACAACAUGAUUGGUCUCGCCGUCAAAUCUCGUCUCGCUGAUAAUCCCCGAUGGGUGACGCUUGAUCGACACCCCGAUUUGGGUGAAUCUGUCUGUUGGUGCGGCGAAGAGGAAGAACAUUUCUUUGGAAGUUGUAGCGACAGGCUGGAUCCGGCAUGCAAAGCCCGCCCGACUGUCAGCCCCAACGCCAGCCUUUCCGCCUGCCCUCAUCCAACUUACCAGGUAAGCUUUGAUCACACCUGCUUUUGCUUUCAAAUCAACGGUACGAUGAAGCUCUUCCAUGAGCGCUUUCUCCGUCCUCGCAUGGAGGCUAUUCUCUCACCUAAGUACACAUUCUCUCAAGGCGACCCAGUAAAGGAGUUGAAUAACGUGCAAAUCAAGGCCCUCGAGAACAUUGUCACCAUCUACAACAGGCGUGUCCACAAGACCCUGCUGUGGGCAUUCGCAGACCAAAAAUACGAAGCACUCGCCCGAUUUGUGACGGAUAUGCAGCGGAAUGACAUUGUGAGUGAAGCAGAUAAAAUGCCUACCCGCAUUCCAUGGCAUAUCGAGCGAGUACAUGCGAUACUGGGGUGGCACAGAAGAUCUUUUGAUGACUGCGUGGCAGAGCUGAAAAGUGCAAUGGAUGAAGCUAGUCGCCACCGAAUCAGCUCAGAUAAGUCGGUAGCUGCACGUAUCGUCGAUGGAGAAGUAUCCUUUGACGGAUAA